AUGAAACAACCCAAGGAACUCGAAGAUGGCACUGCUCAUGCGAAAACCGUUCAGGUUGCGCAGGAUAACACUGAAGAUAUUUACACUGUUCUCCCUCCGCAUCACAUCAGAGUCUUAGACUUGCUUCCAGGCUCAGAACUUGAUCUGAUUGAAGUUCAACUCUCCGUUGUCCAAGCCGCAGCCCCUGGAGCCUACAAAGCACUUUCCUAUGUCUGUGGAAGUACAACAGAGGACCUUUACCUGAUACUCUGCAAUGGUUCUGAGUUUAUGAUCACGUCAAACCUCUAUGCUGCAUUGAUUCGUUUCCGCCAUCCAACAGAGACCCAGCGAUUAUGGGUUGACGCAAUAUGCAUUCACCAAGGAUCCAUCAGUGAACGAAGUCAGCAGGUACGGAUGAUGAGCCAGAUUUACCACAGGGCUGAAGAGGUUUUGCUGUGGCUUGGGAACGACGACCCAGACAUUAAUGUCAAGCGAGCAUUCGAGUUAGUCCAUACAAGAGAAGACUAUGUGAUUCAAUGCACUAGUCUUGAUCGGCCACCAGGAUCUACUGUUGUGCUACUGCAUAUUCCGGAUCCUGAUCUUUUUGAUAUCAUCGCGGAGGUACAGCAGCGCUUCGGACCACCGACCUUCCCCAGCGACCACCAUCUAUCCCUUCCACAAGUGAUAGAGGGUCUUCUGAGUCAAUCGUGGAUAGACUAUCCCGAAUCUCCGCUCCUCAUGCAUAUAGGGUGCAGGCAUAUUGAGGAAAUUGAUACCUCAAACGUUCAAGUUCCAAUACUAGGACUGGCCCCUGACUGGGAUAUUGAUCACGUCCGACGUGUAGCCAGCGAAAGCUUUGCCACUUUUGUUGAUUUCUUAAAAGAGGCAACAAAACCAGCAGAGUUGAGACUAUCGGACAAGGAAGCCGCAGAGGUAUUUUCCGCGGUGGACUAUUUGCUGGGAAAACCAUACUUCCAGCGCGCUUGGAUCGUGCAGGAGAUAAUUCUUGCUCGGAAGGCUACGCUUGUUUGCGGAAAACAUGAGGCGGAUUUCCAGGGCUUCAAGGAUGUGUUUGGCUUCGAUCAACAUCAAUCUGAAUACAUGCAGAAUUUUUCGCUGGAUGAUUUCAAAUACUUUGACGUGCAGGGGAACUGGCAGAAAUUAGAAGCAACGAUCCCUUUAAUGACCCAUCCCCAGGGACAAGUCUUCCCACUAUCUUAUCUGGCUGAACCACAUCACGUCUUUAAUCAAAUGGCCUAUCUUCGAUACAAAGCCCAAGAGGAAAAGCUUGGGCUUUUCGAUAUUGGAGCUUUACUGGAAGACUUCCCCCAGCAAAAGUCGACAGACCCGCGGGACCUGAUAUUCAGUCUCGUAGGGAUCUUGCAAAAGUUCUCAAAGCGGCCUAAUGUGCUAGAAUGGGCCGAAAGCUGCGUGGAUUACAGUCUUGAUGUGCGAGAGGUUUACCUGAGAACUGCUAAGCACCUCGUGGAACUUGCACAUGACCUCCGCCUGAACGGAUAUACAUAUGCGGAACAGCCAAGAGAUGGCGGGUCUUUGUCGGUCAGCCAUCACAUCCUCGAUUUUUUCGCAAAAACAACGGAACCACUGUCGGAACAGUUUAAUCUACCUACAUGGGUCCCUAACUGGUCAGCAAGCACAGAAACUACUGUAUUUGACACAAGAAGAAUCCGGGAGACUGAGGGUCUGAUCCCGUUCGAUGGAAAAGUACAAGGAGAUUCACUUUUGAUAUCUGGCUGCAUUGUGGAUGAAGUUACGUUUUGCUCGGAAAUCCUCCCCUCCGAGAUAUCCAAAAGACACAACGGGCAUAUGUUUCAGGAGGUAGAUCUGUGCGACAUGUUAGUCGAGAAAGAACACGAAAAGAGGACGCGCAGCGUCUAUGGUGGAUUUGAUGCCCAGUUUGAGGGUUUUUGGCGGACUAUCAUUGCCGACAAUCCGAUUGGCAUCAAGCCAUUCAGUGACCACACCUACCAUUUUAAGGAACACGACGAAGUGAACGAAUGGUUAGCUCAGUGCCAAGUCAAUUAUAGGCGAGUUCGCCAGACAUGGGGAAAUGAGCUGAAGUAUCGUCCAAUGCUUGGCCCGGCCCUCGCCCGUGUCCAGUGUGACUACACGCGGCCCAGAAACGUGCCACCUGCACCAGUUGACGAUGACAAGAUACAAAAUAUUCUUGGCAGUAUAGAUAAGAUUCGAUUGUUGGAGCUCCUAGAGCAAGAUGAGCCACAGUGGAGGUCCCAAGAGGCGCGGUGUGAAUUGAGCACGCACGUUCUUAUCAAAACAAAGCAGGGCUACUUUGGAUUAGCACCUCCUAGUAUCCAGCGUGGGGAUAUUGUUGCUCAUUUAGCUGCCUGUGUCAAUCCAUGGUACCUUCGUCGCCAGGGACAGCAUUAUACCCUCGUUGGCAAAGGCUGGGUACAUGGGUUGAUGUAUAAAGCAGACGCUUUCUAUCGGUCCGAGGCUUUUCGAGAUAACUGCGGACGAAUUGAGUUACGAUAG